CAAAGGUGAAAAACGAGUUCUUCCUGAAAAUACAGCGCGAGCGAGCACAAUCCGGUUCGUAGAUCAAAACUCAGAGAGCUAGGGUUUAUCAGUCAGGGGCCAUUUAUUUCUAGGGGUUUAUUCGCAGGUUCCAAGAAAUUUAGCUUCAUCGCGAACUCUCCAGAGUCAGAAGCUCAGUCUCGCCCAUCUAGUCGGAUUCGGUCAUGUACCGCGGGUCCAGUGAUGGCGAGAGCCGCGAGGCCUUCCCGCAGAGGAAGAUCGCGCCCGCUUCAUCCAUGCCUUGGGUCCAAAAUCUUCGUCGUUACAUAGGAAACGGUGCCGGCCUUGGAUCAGAAGCCCUAAUGGAGCUCGAGACAAAAAGAAUAUUGCUUGAUAUAUUUAAAGAGAAACAGCAAAAAGCUGCUGAAGGGGGCACGAUACCAACUUUCUACAAGAAGAAACCCGAAGAAGGAUCCAUUAGCCAGCGGGUUCAGAAGCUCGCAAAAUAUCGAUUUCUAAAGAAGCAAUCAGAUCUUUUACUAAAUGCCGAUGAUCUAGAUGCAAUGUGGGUUUGCUUGAGGGAAAAUUGUGUGAUUGAUGACACCACUGGUGCAGAAAAGAUGAAUUAUGAAGAUUUCUGUCACAUUGCCUCUGUAUGUGCGGAGCAGAUAGGCCCCAAAUGUCGACGCUUUUUCAGCCCAUCAAAUUUCAUGAAGUUUGAGAAAGAUGAGCAAGGAAGAAUUGCCAUCCUUCCCUUCUACCUUUACGUGAUGCGUACAGUUUCACUUACACAGGCCAGAAUUGACAUGAGUGAGCUUGACGAGGAUUCUGAUGGUUUUCUUCAACCUCAUGAAAUGGAGGCAUACAUACGAGGUCUUAUCCCUAAUUUGGCACAGCUACGGGAUAUGCCUGCAGCUUUUGUUCAGAUGUAUUGCCGCAUAGCUGCACACAAAUUCUUCUUCUUUUGUGAUCCUCAUAGGCGAGGGAAAGCCUGUAUCAAGAAGGUGCUUCUUAGUAACUGUCUCCAGGAACUAAUGGAACUCCACCAGGAAAGUGAGGAAGAAGUCACUGACACUGAGCAAGCUGAAAAUUGGUUUUCUUUGAUAUCUGCACAACGCAUUUGUGAUAUGUUUCUUGCCCUUGACAAGGAUAUGAAUGGAACAUUAAGCCAGCAGGAGCUUCGAGAGUAUGCAGAUGGGACACUAACUGAAAUUUUCAUCCAAAGGGUAUUUGAUGAGCAUGUCCGGCGUGGCAAAACUAGUGCUGGAAAUGCUCGGGAGAUGGACUUUGAAAGUUUUAUGGACUUCGUACUGGCCUUAGAAAAUAAAGACGCUCCAGAAGGACUGACGUACUUAUUUCGCUGUCUUGAUCUUAAUGGAAGGGGCUACCUUACAACAGCUGACAUCCACACUUUUUUCAGAGAUGUACACCAGAAAUGGGUUGAAGGUGGGAAUUACGAAUUGUGUAUCGAGGAUGUAAGGGAUGAAAUUUGGGAUAUGGUCAAGCCAGCUGACCCGCUGAGAAUUAGCCUUGCUGAUCUGCUUUCCUGUAAACAGGGUGGCACCGUUGCCAGCAUGCUUAUAGACGUGCGCGGUUUCUGGGCCCAUGACAAUAGAGAAAAUCUUCUCCAAGAAGAGGAAGAACCUGAAGAAGAAUGACAAUUGCAUGUGUAGACGGGUAGUUGUCUAGUACUAACACAAAACCCAUCCAAAUUCAAACAUGUAUACUUUUCUUGUGUUUAGCUGUUUCUGUAUGCAAGAUGUGGUGUGUAAUGUGUAUACUAUGUAUAGGAAACUCGUAGCAAUGGAUUGAGACUUAAGAUACUUGGGACUUUGGAAGGAGGAAUUUUGUGAUUCAUGUGUAAUAUCAUUGUAACCCCAGCAUUCAUUCAAUAUCCAUUUGGAAGAAGAUUUAGAGACUUCCCCAUUAAAGGUUAAGAGAGUCA